AUGAAUUUCGGCGGUCUCGGAUUAGCAUUUCAACCGACUAGAAAUGACGAAGAUUCAACGUCAUCUAAAUGUUUAUCAAAUCGAAUGCGACUUAUUAUUGCAAUUGUCAGUGGAGUUACAGCAUUUUUAAGUCUAUUAGCACUUAGCAUCGCAUUAACAAUGAUAUGGAAGGCGAAAGGUAGAUCAUCCGUAUUUAGAGCUACCGUCAUGCCAACAACAACACGACCAACAUUUUUAAUAAGACAACCAGGUCUUCCUACGUCUGCAAACACCACCCGUGAUUGUCCUCUUCCACUAAUUCCUAUUUAUAAUCAAACUGGUAUAACUGCUGUUAAUCGGAUAUGGUAUUCACAAGAGGAUAAUACAAUCUUUUUAAAUAAUAAUAAAAAUCUCUAUCUACUUGUUAAACAAAAUAAUACACUUACAAAGUACCUAACUAGUUCAAAUGAAACAAUUGAAAUUACUCUCUAUCCAAAAUUAAGUAAUCCAGCUGCAUUAUUUGUUGAUGAUAAUGAAAAUGUAUUUAUUUUGGAUAAUUUUCAAUCGGCUAACAAUCCUGAUGCAUAUGUGUAUCGUGUAGUAGUUUAUUGGCCAUCGUCGACAUCAACGAAUAAUUCCUACGAUGGAAUUGUACUCAUUAAUGGAUUUGGUUCUGGUAAAAGUUAUGGCAUUUCAAUGGACAGUGAUUUCAAUAUUUAUACAUCGGAUUAUGAUAAUCAUCGAAUUAUCAAAUGGUUUUCACCGAAUUAUACCGAUAGUCUCAUUGUAACAGAGAAUUUGACACCAGACACUUACGAUCCCAACAGAAUACUUUUUCCAAUCAAUAUUUACAUAAAUCCAUUUGACAAUGAUGAAUUGUUUAUAUUGAAUCAAAAAGGUUAUGGCGGAUGGUUAAAAUGGGAUAUGAGAAAUUCAAAUGGCACUAUCGCAGCAUGGAAAUGGAAUGGACAUCGGUCAUCCGGUGGUUUUCAACUUGAUUGCAAUGGAAAUAUAUUCAUCACUGAUGGAUCAGAUUACGUACAAUUUUUUAGAUCGACUUUAGAAACUGGUAUAAACGGUGUAGAUCUUACGGCGAAAGUCAAUGAUAAAUUAGUGUCAUUGGCACUUGAUCCGACAACUGGUGAUUUAUAUGUAUUGGGAAAGUAUCUGAAACGAAUACAGAAGUUUAAACUGAUGAGUCAAGUAAAGAUAAAAAGUAUGUGAAAUGCCUGUAUGUUCUAAGCUUACCAGUGAGCGUAAAGAAGGGGUAAAAUUCCUAAAAGCUACUAUAGAGAUUUUCACUUCGAAGGAAAUGUCGAUUAUAGACAAUUUUGUACAAAAGUUAAUUUCCAUUUUUUAUCUGAUGGCGCCAAGUUUUAGCGUCUCGAUCUUCAGAGUGACAACCGUUAAAAACACUUUUUCACUCUGAAGAUAUCUCGU